AUGAACUAUUUAAUUUAUAUACCAGAUUUGGAAAACAAAAAAAUUUCAACCUGUUAUAAGUCGAAACGAAAUAAAGAAGAAGUAAUAUCUAAUAUUUCUAAUGAUCCAAAUCGAAUCAGUGGUCACCCCAAUGUAAACUCUUUCUCGACAAAUAAUAAUCUGGGACCAAAUCUUUCCUUCGAAAAUAAUAAUGUUAAAUCAACUUCUGCCCCUGAAAAUGAUGAUAUAGAAUUGAAUUCUAUCUCUAUCUCUGAAAAUAAUUAUGUAGAAGACGGAAACAUUUAUGAAUUUAUUGAAGAAAAUAUUGAUGUUAUAACCGAGAAAUUUAAUGAUGACCAAUUAAAAAAUGAUGUUAAAGAAUUUUGGAAAUACGAUAAAGCUUUAUUACAGAGAGAAGCUAAUAUCUCAGCUGGUUUGGAAAAAGAUGAUGUUCCUAUUAGAAAAUCUCACCCACAAGCGUAUCAUGUAAGUCGCUCUUACGAUAAUUUCAACUUUGCACUUCUAAAUGUGGGGAAAAAUGAACCGAAGGUCGAUGCGAUGAUCAUGAUUCAAAAUUUGGAUAAUACAUUCAAGAAUAUGACCAAAGAAGAGAUGAACGAAGCGCUUAAACAGAUUGAAAAUAAAUCCGAAUCAAGUGAAGAAAUUAUUUAUUAA